AUGAUCGCUCACCGAGAACAUCGCAAUGGAGGACACGAUCGGCUCGUCGCCAUCACCACGGAGAAGAGUCAGGUGCAACAUGUCAUGCUGUUAUACGCUCGAUUGCCCUUCCUGCUUCCGCCUCUUUUCCACACUGCUGACCGUCCUGGCGUGAGCACGUCAAAUUUCGGAACAUCGCACCGAAAUGGCGCAAUCAACUUCACCUCUUGCGUUUGCCGCCAGAAAGUCAAGCACGAGCGAUCACGUUUCGAUCACAACACACCGAUAUUCUUAGUAACCAUGGGGAAAGUUCUUGCAUUGUACCACUACGACACCUACGAACCUCCACCUACGUACCGCAAGGACUGGCCACAGCAGCGAGACACAACAGUAGUGGAAAGCACCCGAUCACCGACAGAGAAAGCAACACACGAUUUGCAUCGCCAGUGUACAGCAGUACGCAAGAUGGCUGCAGUAGCAACACAACUAUCACCAGAAAUCCCAGUUGGCAAAGAUCACUACGCAGCUGCUAGUACAAUCGUCCGCACCAGCAUCGACUCUAAUCCGGGACACAUCACCACGGACACCAGCAACCUGGAAGCAGGAUCGCAUAUCGACCUGAAUGCCACUCACCUCAUCAGCUCACCAUACCCCGACUUCGAGAAUCAGCUCCGCCUAGCAGAUGUUGACAUCCCUUACCAGCUCUUCGCCUUCGCGCUCACAGCACUGAAACAAAUACGCCCAGACUACGCCACGGCACCAUAUUUGGAGUCCUUCAACUGGUCUGAAGUAUUCGCUUUACUACGAACACUCUGCAAGCAGGCUGGCUAUCAAUGGGAGGGGCGACAGUUCUACGUGGUCAUCUUUCGAUCGAAGCUUCAAGUAGGAAUUGAUCGUGAGAGGUUGGGUCUGCUCGAUCAGAUGAGCCACCAGGAAGCUUGUGCAAGCGGAGGAUUGUUGAAGUAUUGGUUUGGAAGUACUGAUGGGGAGAGGAGGAAUUUGGCGACUUGCUUGUGGCGCAACCACGAAGAUGCAGUGGCAGGCGGAGGCGGUCCAUGGCACAAACAAGCGCGAAUGGCUGCAAGGACGAUGUAUGAGUACAUCGACUUCGGUGUGCACCAAAUGGUCGUGGGAGCUGGCGCUGAGUCGUGGCAUAUGGAAGAUUGCAAGCGGUGA